AAUCAAGAAGUAAAUCUCACAGCUAUAGUGCUGCCCACUGAGGCAAACCUUACCGUGUUUUACUGGUGGAUUGGAGAUAACCUUCAGCCGAAGCUGUCCCUGGAGAACAGUCUGAUUACAAGGUUCUCUGAGGAGGGGGAAGUUCCUGUGACAGUUCAGGCUUCUAAUGGUCGAUCCAUGGUACAGGACAGCAAGAUUAUCAUUGUCUACGAUCAUUUCCAGAUCAUCCCAUUGAGUUUCAGUCGUAAUUUGGAUCGCUUUAACCCAAACAUCCCUGAAUGGAGACAAGAUGUGGGACAAGUCGUAACCAAGAUUCUUGCAAAGCUCACAGGGGUUCCUCAGGACUCUUUGGUGACCAUGGUGAAGCCUGGUCUUCCCACCACCGCAGACCUCUAUGUUCUUCCUCAAGAGAGCACACCAGUGAAGAGGAGUGUGUUUGUGGAUAAGCGUGUUCCCACUAUAAAGCAGGUUCUGAGUGAGAACAACGUGAGCUUCAUUGUGAGAGGAGGGUUACGAGUAUUGGUGACUCUGGCGGACUCGGACAGAGGUUCUCGUCUGGCUGCAGCAGGUCCAGGUGUUUGGGCUCUAGCUGUCUUUCUCCUCAUCAGUCUGAUCUCUGCUGCAGCAUUCAUACUCUUCAAGUUUAAAAGAAAACUGCCGGGACGAAACGUCUAUGCUCAGAUGCACAAUGAGAAGGAGCAGGAAAUGACCAGCCCUGUCAAUCACAGUGACGACACACAGAAUAUCAUUCAAGGCGAGGAGUUCAUUGAUGACGACCUUGACUCGCAGACACUAGGUAACGCUGGAGGCAACCACUCAGGAGUGGUGUUGAGCAUAAAUUCAAGGGAGCUGCACAGUUACCUGACCAGCUGAUGACCAAUGUGAAGGUGCCAGUGAUGAGCACAACAGACUAUGCCUUCCUCCUCUCUCCAGAUCUGACCCUUCAGACACCCUUACAGGAGAGAGAUCAGACACACACCUGCACCAGACCUGCUCCUCCUCUCUCUAUCUUCUCUCUGUCUUUUCCAGCCUCCGUUCCCUCAUUCCACGAGGUGGAUUUUGUGCCCAUCUGCUGCGCCUCGGCUUCACUGAUGAUCACAUACGCACACUUACAUUUGUUGGUCUCUGCACCCUGCAGUCUGUCUCAUCCCUGUCCACCUUCUCUCUCAUCUCUUCUCAUUAUUACUCUUAUCACAGGAGCAUGGAAUCAGCCCCACCUACUAACUCCCAGGGAGAACCUCAUUGACAAAUGCUUUAUUUUCCAUCUUUUGUUAGUUUUGUCUUUCAGUCUGAAUAGUGUUUUUGACUCUCUUGUGGUCACUGUAAAACUCAGAUUAGACAGAUAGGUGAGUGAAGCUGUGCAGAUGCGGUGCAGUGCAAGAUAUGAUUCACAUUUCAUUCAGGGGAAGCAAUGUUUGUUAGAUAUAGCCAAAGGAAAAACACUUAAGAGCUCCUGUCACCCUCUUUUCUUUGUAUUGUAAAAAAAAAAAAAUUGAGUUGAAUUUUUAUAUGCAAUAACACAUCUCUUGCUUUAAUCAAUAACUAAAUCUAUUAUUUUGCCCCGUUUCAUGAUUAUGCUAUGCAGUAAAGUCAAGUCAUUUUUGUCUGCCUCAUCUGAUGCUGCAACACAUCAGUGAUGUUUUUCUUUUACCGUUCCACAUCAUUAAUAUCUAUAGUGCAAUUAGUAACUUUAACGAUGAUGUAAAACUUAUUAAAGGGGUCAUAUGAUGCGAUUUCA